CAUGGGUUGUUCCCAUGAGAGACCCGGAGGAGGGGUAUCUCUCAAGCAGGGGAGUGCCACCAUAACGCGGACCAAUGUAACUUGUACAAACUGUUUCAAGUUUGCAGAACAUGACUGACUCCUCUCUAGGAGUAGUUGGCUGUGAUGCUGCCAUGGAGGCACAGAACAACAACCAGCACACCUUAGACAAUCACAACAAUCUCAACGAAAUACCCGGUCAGGAGGAUCAGAAAAACGUUCCGAGCUGUAAGUUCUUCUGCACUCUGGGUAACUUCCGGAUUGAGAAGAAGAUUGGAAGGGGCCAGUUCAGUGAGGUCUACAAAGCCACGUACCUGCUGGAUGGACAGCUGGUUGCACUGAAGAAAGUCCAGCUAGUGUCUUUGUCACUGCAGAUCUUUGACAUGAUGGAUGCUAAGGCCCGGCAGGACUGCAUCAAAGAGAUCGAUCUACUAAAGCAACUGAAUCACCCCAAUGUGAUCAAAUACCUCGACUCUUUCAUUGAAGACAAUGAGCUCAACAUCAUUCUGGAGCUGGCAGAUGCAGGAGAUCUGUCCCAGAUGAUACAGUAUUUCAAGAAGAAGCGCCGCCUCAUCCCGGAGAGGACUAUAUGGAAGUACUUUGUGCAGCUGUGCAGUGCUGUGGAGCACAUGCAUUCACGCAGAGUAAUGCACCGCGAUAUCAAGCCAGCCAACGUGUUCAUAACAGCCACGGGGGAGGUAAAGCUGGGUGACCUGGGAUUGGGACGCUUCUUCAGCUCUAAAACCACGGCAGCACACUCCUUAGUGGGGACACCUUACUACAUGUCACCGGAGAGGAUCCAUGAGAACGGAUACAACUUUAAGUCCGACAUCUGGUCCCUGGGAUGUCUUCUGUAUGAGAUGGCAGCGCUGCAGAGUCCGUUUUACGGGGACAAGAUGAACCUCCUCUCCCUCUGCCAGAAGAUAGAGCAGUGUGAUUACCCCCCCCUCCCAUCUGACCAUUGCUCUGAGAAGCUGCGGGAGCUGGUCAGCAUGUGCAUCAACCCGGAGCCGGACCAGCGGCCCGACAUCGUCUUUGUGCUGCAGAUCGCAAAACAGAUGCACGUGUGGACCUCCAGCACCUGAGCGCCAGCGCCCUCUGAGGACGGGGACUCAGCAGUGGUGCAGCACUUGCUUCAUGGGGCCGAGUGUCUUUAGCUGAGGACGGAGAGCCGUGCUCACAGAUGUCUCUCAGCUCUGUUCCCCACGUUGGUUGCAUUCCAGGUGCACACCCUGCGCGUCGGGUAAAGCCGAGUAAAGUGCUGUAGGGUUCAAAAAUUGAUCCACUUUUAUUGGAAGCAAAAACAAAACAUGAAAGCUAAUGUAUAAUUGACGGGUCUAAAUAGACCGAGUACUACGGUACUACGCGGUGUGGAGAAGGGUAACAGACUGCCAGCUAGAGGUUAACAAGAGACACAGCUAGAUAUUUUGGUGGCCCUCACAGCUGGCUGACUAUUGGUUAAGGUUGGCUUAGCUGCCAAAACAACGCUCUGUGAUUGUAGGACUGCUACUAUUCUAAAGCUUUCAACCACAUGCCUUGGUUUUCAUUGGCCCAUGGACAAUGGACACUGGUCCGUCUCUUUGGACGCCUGCGCGCUUAGUCUCCGUUAUCCAGUAGUAGUACAGUAAGUAAUACCACUGAUUGUUACAGCAGGAACUUUGUCAUGUUUAUAACACAAAGCCGGAGUUGGGAAAUUGGGAGAUUGUAACUUGGAAAACUAUUGUGUUGCAUUAUGAGACGUCCCUUUUUAUUAUGUCUACUAUAAAAGUGCAGCACCAAGUCCUUAAAGUAACAUUCUGUGUACCCUGAGACCUGUUGACCCAUAAACGGACAACGUUUGCUGCAUUUUUAAUCUGUGAUGAUCUUGAUGUCGCCUUAAUUCGUGUGCAUAUUAUUUUUAGUACGGGCAGAAGGAAAGAAGGAACGUAUCAAGCACAUUUUAUUUGAGUGAAUGACCAUGUUGUCAUGGGAACAUUUAUACAUCUUCCCCUACUGGGGAAUUAGCCGAGUAGCUCUUAUAAGAUGUGUUUUACAAAUCUUAACAAGUUUUUAUAGAUCCAGACCAUUGUUACUGUGAACCGGUCAAAGAGAUGCUGUGAACGUCACUUAGAUGGCAUAGAACGAGAAAUACGUGGAUCCACUUCUUUCAUUCCCAAUAUAAUAUGACACCAGAGCUGUUUGUGAAUAAGCUGUAUGGCUCACUGUGGAAGACUGGGAUCUUUCUUUAAUGUGAGAGGCACCAUAAGGCUUCCUUCAAACAUUGGAAGCACAGUAAUAUUAGUACAUUGAAUUCAGAUCAAAUCUUGGAUUUUAAUUUAAGUGAAAGCCUUUUUAAUGCUGCAACUUAUUGUUAAAAAAAAUAUAUGUGUAGAAUAUGCAAAUGGGUUCACUGAUACCCAAUGUGUGGCAGCAAUGCAUUCCUAACAUCUAACUUAUACCAAGUCAUUUAUUCAUUCCUUCUGAAACGACUACUUGUUCACGAUGAUAAUGUAAUAAAUACGAGUUUCCAGGUUA